AUGUCUGAAAGGUCAGUUGGAGAGUGGGCAGACGGAGGCGGAAAAGAAAGCGGAUCAAGUGGUGCAAUUCGUGAGGCAGGUGGGACCUUUGGAAAGAUGGAAGUGGCGCGUGAAGAAGAAUAUUUUUAUAGAACUGAGCAAGCGAAACUGAAAGCUCUGCGUGAACAGUUGGAAAAUGAAGUUAAAGAACUUGAAAAACAGGGAAAAGGUCGCGAUGAUGCUGCUGAAGAGAAGAAGAAACGAUUAGCCGAAUUAGAUAUCCAAGAAAACAUAAUUAUUGAAUAA